AUGUCAGGCAGCGACGAUGACAGGGACGACUUCGGGGCCGCCGAAGAGCACUCGUUACUCCACGACGAGGCCGAGGACGUCAUGUCCGAGGUGGACGAGGUGCCCAAGUCCAAGAAGAAAAAGAAGGCCAAGAAGAGCAACCGGGAGAGCAAAAGCAACAAGAGGCAGAGGGUCGUUAGAGAGGAGUUACCCCUCAGUUCCCCCGAGCACCUAAUCGGAGCAGAGUCAGCGGAGAGGGACCUAGAUGAGGGAGGCCUACGCUCGGAAAGCGACGGAAGCGAUUAUGCUCCGGGUAGGAAAAAGAAAAAACGCUCCAGUUCUACCAAAGAAAAGAAAAAAGGUAGCUCUGCUGCAGAAAAAGGCAGCUCCAAGAGCAAGCGCAAAGAUCCUGAACCAGAUGACGACGACGAUGAUGACGACGACGAUGACUGCCAGCCGAAAAGCUCCUCCCAGAUGCUGGAAGCAUGGGGCAUGAAAGAUAUCGACCACGUCUUUACUCAGGAAGACUACAACUCACUCACUAACUACAAGGCCUUCAGUCAAUUUGUCAGGCCCCUGAUUGCAGCCAAGAACCCCAAAAUUGCUGUGUCUAAGAUGAUGACUUUAAUGAUGGCCAAGUGGAGAGAGUUCAGCACAAACAACCCUCAUAAGGGCUCUGCGACUGCCAAUGCAGCCCUUGCAGCCGCCAACGUGGCUGCAGCUGUGGAGAACAUGGUGGUGGCCGGAACUGACGGAGGUACCAAUGGAGGUACCGUUCCUGCCAGUACUCAGCCUCCAGCUGCUACGCCGGCACCUCCGCCGCCACCUCUCCGGAAGGCUAAGACCAAAGAGGGCAAAGGCCCUAAUGCACGUAAAAAGUCCAAGCCUAAAGUUCCACCAAAACCCAAACCCAAGAAGGUGGCUCCACUCAAGAUCAAACUCGGAGGACUGAAUAGCAAGAGGAAGCGCUCUUCCAGCGACGAGGAAGAACAAGACGUGGACAGCGACUUUGACGAGAGCAACUUCUCCGUGUCCGAGGGCUCCAACCGCAGCAGCCGCAACAAGAAAAAGUCCAAGAGUGCGAAGAAAAAGAAGAAAGUGGAGACAGAGGAUGGGGACGGCUACGAAACGGACCACCAGGACUACUGCGAAGUGUGCCAGCAAGGAGGAGAGAUCAUUUUGUGCGACACUUGUCCUAGAGCUUACCACAUGGUCUGUUUGGACCCUGACAUGGAGAAGGCACCUGAGGGCAAGUGGAGCUGUCCACAUUGUGAGAAGGAAGGCAUCCAGUGGGAAGCCAAGGAAGACCUCUCAGACGCAGAAGUGGAUGACGAGGACGACCGUCAGGACGACGGCGCCGAUGAAGAGGACGACCACCACAUCGAGUAUUGCAGAGUGUGCAAAGAUGGAGGGGAGCUUCUUUGCUGCGACACUUGCCCCUCAUCCUACCACAUCCACUGUCUCAACCCGCCUCUCCCGGAAAUUCCCAACGGCGAGUGGAUCUGCCCACGUUGCAAGUGUCCUCCAAUGAAGGGCAAAGUCCAGAAGGUUUUAACAUGGCGUUGGGGAGAGCUGCCAGCCCCCACGCCUGUCCCCAGGCCUGCUGACUUGCCUGCUGAUGCUCCUGAUCCUCCACCCUUGGUUGGCCGAAGAGAGAGGGAGUUCUUUGUAAAAUGGUGCAAUAUGUCCUAUUGGCACUGCUCCUGGGUGCUGGAACUACAGUUGGAGUUGAACUGCCAGGUGAUGUUCCGCAACUAUCAGAGGAAGACCGACAUGGACGAGCCGCCGCCCGUGGACUUUGGUGGUGAGGGUGACGACGACAAAAGCACCAAAAGGAAGAACAAGGAUCCACUUUUUGUGCACAUGGAGGCUGAGUUUUAUCGCUACGGAGUUAAGAUGGAGUGGCUGAUGAUACACCGCAUCCUCAACCACAGUGUUGACAGAAAGGGGAACGUUCACUACCUGAUCAAGUGGCGAGAUCUGGCCUAUGACCAAUCGACAUGGGAGAGCGAAGACAUGGACAUUCCAGAGUUUGACCUUUACAAGCAGACCUACUGGAAUCACAGAGAGUUGAUGAUCGGUGAUGAGGGCAGACCUGGUAAGAAGUUGAAAAAACCUGUCAAAGUUAAAAAGGCGGAGCGUCCACCUGCUAAUCCAGUGGUGGAUCCUACUAUCAAGUUUGACCGCCAGCCUGACUACCUGGACAGCACUGGUGGGACCCUUCACCCUUACCAGUUGGAAGGCUUGAACUGGCUCAGAUUUUCUUGGGCUCAGGCCACAGACACCAUUCUUGCUGAUGAAAUGGGCUUAGGCAAGACUGUUCAGACUGCAGUCUUCCUCUACUCACUGUACAAGGAGGGCCACUCCAAAGGUCCCUUCCUGGUUAGUGCGCCUCUGUCCACCAUCAUCAACUGGGAGCGAGAGUUUGAGAUGUGGGCCCCAGACAUGUACGUGGUCACGUAUGUCGGCGACAAGGACAGCAGAGCUGUAAUCCGAGAAAACGAGUUUUCCUUCGAAGGGAACGCCAUCCGAGGUGGAAAAAAGGCAUCUAAAAUGAAGAAAGACUCAACGGUCAAGUUCCAUGUCCUGCUGACUUCUUAUGAGCUCAUUACCAUUGACCAGGCUGUGUUGGGCUCUAUUGAAUGGGCUUGUCUGGUUGUGGAUGAGGCUCACAGACUGAAGAACAACCAGUCCAAGUUCUUCCGAGUGUUGAACAACUACCCACUGCAACACAAGCUGCUUCUAACCGGCACGCCUCUUCAGAACAACCUGGAGGAGCUCUUCCACUUGCUUAACUUUCUGACUCCAGAGAGAUUCAACAACUUGGAAGGGUUCUUGGAGGAGUUUGCCGACAUAGCCAAAGAGGACCAGAUCAAGAAACUCCAUGACAUGUUGGGACCGCACAUGCUCAGGAGACUGAAGGCGGAUGUUUUUAAACACAUGCCAUCCAAAACUGAACUCAUUGUUAGAGUGGAGCUUAGUCCCAUGCAGAAGAAAUAUUACAAAUUCAUUUUAACACGCAAUUUUGAGGCCUUGAACACUCGCGGAGGCGGAAACCAAGUGUCUCUCCUCAACGUUGUGAUGGAUCUCAAAAAGUGCUGCAAUCAUCCAUACCUCUUUCCUGCUGCUGCGACAGAGGCUCCAAAACUUCCAAACGGCAUGUAUGAGGGCUUGGCUUUGACCAAAGCAUCGGGCAAGCUAAUGCUCCUGCACAAAAUGAUGAAGAAGCUGAAGGAAGGAGGUCACAGAGUGCUGGUUUUCUCCCAAAUGACCAAAAUGCUUGACCUGCUUGAGGAUUUUCUGGAAAACGAGGGCUACAAAUACGAGAGGAUUGAUGGCGGAGUCACAGGAAACAUGCGACAGGAGGCCAUUGACCGCUUUAAUGCUCCUGGGGCUCCCCAGUUUGCUUUCCUCCUCUCCACACGGGCAGGUGGUUUGGGCAUCAAUCUUGCAUCUGCAGACACGGUUAUCAUCUAUGACUCUGACUGGAAUCCUCACAAUGACAUCCAGGCGUUCAGCAGAGCUCAUCGUAUUGGCCAGAACAGGAAGGUCAUGAUCUAUCGCUUUGUGACCAAAGCUUCUGUAGAGGAGAGAAUCACACAGGUUGCCAAGAAAAAGAUGAUGCUAACCCAUUUAGUUGUGCGACCUGGUCUCGGUUCCAAGACUGGUUCCAUGUCUAAACAGGAGCUCGAUGAUAUCCUCAAAUUUGGAACAGAGGAGUUGUUUAAGGAUGAAGUUGGAGAAGGUGACAACAAGGAAGACGACAGCAGCGUGAUCCACUAUGACGACCAAGCCAUUGACCGUUUGCUGGACCGGAACCAGGACGCCACAGACGACACAGAGAUUCAGAGCAUGAACGAAUACCUCAGCUCCUUCAAAGUCGCUCAGUACGUCGUCAAAGACGAGGACGAUGAGGAGGAGGAAGUGGAGCGUGAAGUGAUCAAACAGGAAGAAAGCGUGGACCCUGAUUACUGGGAGAAGCUGCUUCGUCAUCAUUACGAGCAGCAGCAAGAGGAUCUGGCCCGUAAUCUAGGCAAAGGCAAAAGAACUCGAAAGCCGGUUAACUACAAUGACGGUUCCCAGGAGGACCGAGGUAUAAGACAGGACUGGCAAGAGGACCAAUCCGACAACCAGUCUGAUUACUCGGUGGCGUCGGAGGAGGGCGACGAGGACUUUGAUGAGCGUUCUGAAGCCAACGCCCGCAGACCGAGCCGCAAAGGGUUGAGGAACGACAGGGACAAGCCUCUACCUCCGCUACUAGCUCGUGUUGGCGGGAACAUCGAGGUGUUGGGCUUCAACGCGCGGCAGAGGAAGGCUUUCCUGAAUGCGGUGAUGCGUUACGGAAUGCCUCCCCAGGAUGCGUUCACCAACCAGUGGCUUGUCAGAGACCUUCGGGGGAAGUCGGAGAAGGAAUUCAAGGCUUAUGUGUCUCUCUUCAUGAGACACUUGUGCGAGCCAGGAGCUGACGGAGCAGAGACAUUUGCCGAUGGCGUCCCACGAGAGGGUCUGUCCAGGCAACACGUGCUCACUCGCAUUGGUGUCAUGUCACUCAUCAGGAAAAAGGUACAGGAAUUUGAGCAUGUGAAUGGUCAGUGGUCCAUGCCUUGGAUGGCAGAACUGGAGGAAAACAAAAGGGCAGCAGCUUUGGCUGCGGGUGAAGAUCCCAAGACCCCUUCGAGCGGGACGCCCGCAGAUACACAACCCAAUACGCCUGUGCCAGAGGAUCUUUCAAGAUCAGAAGACAAAGACGACAUUAAAAAGGAUGCAGAGGACACCAAACCAGCCCAGAAGACUGACGAUACUGAAGUUAUUGAAAUCCGAGAUGAGUCCGACAAGUCGCCGCCCUCUGAAAACAAAGAAGAUGAUUCCACUGGGAAGGAGGAUGAAGAGAAGGAGACGCGAGGUGGAGACGAAGGGAAUGAACCUGAUGAUCUUAGCAAGGACCGAAAGGAAAAGGGCGACAAGGGCGUAGCUGUUGAGGUCAAAGGUGAAGGGACAGAGGGCAAAGUGGAUGGCGAAGACCGGUCAAAAGCUGAGGAGGCCAAAGAUGAGAAGACUGACACAGACAAAGAGGAAAAAGACAGCGUGAAAUCAGAGGAAUCGACCAGACUUCAAAAUGGGGAAAACGCCAGAGAAAGUGCUCUGUCCAUGUUGAAUGUGAAUGAAGAGAAGAGAAAAGCCAGCAAACAGAGGUUCAUGUUCAACAUAGCGGAUGGAGGGUUCACAGAGCUUCACUCCCUGUGGCAGAAUGAAGAGAGGGCAGCCACGGUCACUAAGAAAACCUUUGAAAUUUGGCACCGUCGCCAUGAUUACUGGCUCCUAGCUGGCAUCAUACACCACGGCUACGCUCGGUGGCAGGAUGUACAGAACGACGUCAGAUUCGCCAUCCUCAACGAGCCAUUCAAAGGGGAGAUGAGCAGAGGGAACUUCCUGGAGAUCAAGAACAAGUUCCUUGCACGCAGGUUUAAGUUACUAGAGCAGGCGUUAGUAAUCGAGGAGCAACUACGCCGGGCGGCCUACCUCAACAUGACAGAGGAUCCAGCUCAUCCCUCCAUGGCGCUCAACACGCGGUUCAGUGAGGUGGAGUGUCUGGCCGAGUCCCACCAGCAUCUCAGCAAAGAGUCCAUGUCGGGAAAUAAGCCGGCCAAUGCCGUGCUGCAUAAAGUUCUCAAACAACUAGAGGAACUUCUGAGCGACAUGAAGGCAGAUGUUACGCGCCUCCCAGCGACCAUCGCUAGGAUCCCACCAGUGGCCGUGCGACUUCAAAUGUCGGAGAGGAACAUCCUAAGCAGGCUGGCAAGUCGCGGACCUGAGGUCAGCGCUCAAAAUCAGUCACAAAGCGUGCAGCAAAUGCAGGUUUCACGCUGA